GAGCCGUGCCUGAAAACUGAGCUGCCAGGCCUGGGUUGGAGUCUGUGGAAGUGCGUGCGGGCCGACGGCCGGGAACAGCGCAGAGUGGGUCCCCCAGCCGGCCCGGACCCUAGGUCGUUCGUAAGGAGGCAGGGCGCUUCCCAGCCCUUUGGCCCUCUGGGCAUCAAGGAAAUGGUGCUGUCCUGGGACCGGGAUAGGCUGGCUUCGGUCUGGGUCCCUGCUUCCUUUGAUUCUCGCAAUGGCGAGGCCACCUCGAAAAGGAAGCGCCCAGCUGUUGGCUACAGAAGCACCCCUCUGUUUUGUCGCGGCUCCCGGGCGUCAGGAGCCGAGCCGACACGUGUUGCCGGGUCCGGUGCGGAUCGCUGGCUCCCUUCUCCCUGCUCUUCUGUUCCUGACACCAGCUUUCCCACCACGUGCUUUGCUGGACUCUUUCCUUCUUUGCUUCAACUCCUUCCCUAGUCGGGAUCCCCUUCUACACUUCGGCCAGCUCAGGAGACCGUUGGAGGUCACCCCUGGAGCUUCUAACCAACUCUUGGAGAUUUAUCUGGCUUAUGUAGAAGUUAUUCAUUACUACCAACCCGCCAGUCUCCAGAUAGCCUUGAUUAGCCGGAAAACUUGAUUGUUCUCAGGAACUUGGCAUCUCUGAGGGCUCCCUCCUGUCAGAAUAAGCAAGCUCUAGUUAUUUGGAAGGGGGGGGUACUGAUUUCAGGAUUGUCAGAAGCCCUCCUUAUAGGACUGUGCUUUCUCACCAGCUGCCUACCACACUAGGCAGGUGUCUCACUUUCUGUUUGCUCUCUUUCCAGUUCACCUUUCCUUUUUAAACCCAGUUAGGGGGACAACUACUUGUCAUUUAAUUUUUUAUUGGUUUUGGCAGAAAAGAUAGUUGAGGAGAAGGCACUUAGGUAAACCUUUGGUUCUGUGGCUAGAUCUCAAAAAUCUAACCUGUAGUUCAGGAUGAGUCAUGGAGAGGGCACUCAGUGAACAGAAAAAAUGCUUCAUUAACACAAUAGACAUUUAGUGUUUGUAUUUAAUAUUAGCACAAUGGACAUUUUGGUACUUUUUUAGAAUAUGAUAUUAGUGUUUGAGUCAGAAAGAGAAGUUUCUCUCUCUUGCAAUUUAUAAUUUCUGAGGCACUUGUGAUUUCAGAUUCCAGCUUUGGAACUUUUUUGGAUCACAUACCUCUUUGAGAUAAGCUGAUCGCUAAAUCAUGAACCUGUUAAAGCCCAGGGACCUUGGAUUUUGCCCCAUUGGCUUGUAUACUUUUUUUGAAGAAAUAAGUCUCCAUAAAUUGAGAUUAUUAACACCUAAGUGGGGUAUCUGAGAAGGGAAGAAGGCAACAUUUAACAAUGCAUCAGCUUGGAGUCAGCAGCUCUACCUUUCUGCUGUCCCUGACGCUUAUAAAUGUCUUCCGGUCUGCUGCUGCAAGUAUGUGGUAUACCUUGGGGUACUUCGGUCUUUGGUGGAAGCAUCCAGCUCAGGUGUGUCGGUACUAAGCCUGUGUGAGAAAGGUGAUGCCAUGAUUAUGGAAGAAACAGGGAAAAUCUUCAAGAAAGAAAAGGAAAUGAAGAAAGGUAUUGCCUUUCCCACCAGCAUUUCAGUAAAUAACUGUGUAUGUCACUUCUCCCCUUUGAAGAGCGACCAGGACUAUAUUCUUAAGGAAGGUGACUUGGUAAAAAUUGACCUUGGGGUCCAUGUGGAUGGUUUCAUCGCUAAUGUGGCUCACACUUUUGUGGUUGACGCAGCUAAGGGGACCCCAGUAACAGGGCGGAAAGCAGAUGUCAUUAAGGCAGCUCACCUUUGUGCUGAGGCUGCCUUACGCCUGGUCAAACCUGGAAACCAAAACACACAAGUGACAGAAGCCUGGAACAAAGUUGCCCAUUCAUUUAAUUGCACGCCAAUAGAAGGUAUGCUGUCACACCAACUGAAGCAGCAUGUCAUUGAUGGAGAGAAAACCAUUAUCCAGAACCCCACAGAUCAGCAGAAGAAGGAUCAUGAAAAGGCUGAAUUUGAGGUACAUGAAGUAUAUGCUGUGGAUGUACUUGUCAGCUCAGGAGAGGGCAAGGCUAAGGAUGCAGGACAGAGAACUACCAUUUACAAACGAGACCCCUCUAAACAAUAUGGCCUGAAAAUGAAAACUUCACGUGCCUUCUUCAGUGAGGUGGAAAGACGUUUCGAUGCCAUGCCAUUUACUUUAAGAGCAUUUGAAGAUGAGAAGAAGGCCCGAAUGGGGGUGGUAGAGUGCGCCAAACAUGAACUGCUACAACCAUUUAAUGUUCUCUAUGAGAAGGAGGGUGAAUUUGUUGCCCAGUUUAAAUUUACAGUUCUACUCAUGCCCAAUGGUCCCAUGCGGAUAACCAGUGGUCCCUUCGAGCCUGACCUCUACAAGUCUGAAAUGGAGGUCCAGGAUGCAGAGCUAAAGGCCCUCCUCCAGAGUUCUGCAAGUCGGAAAACCCAGAAAAAGAAAAAAAAGAAGGCCUCCAAGACUGCAGAGAAUGCCACCAGUGGGGAAACACUAGAAGAGAAUGAUGCUGGGGACUGAGGUGUGGGUCCCAUCUCCCCAGCUUGCCACUCCUGCCUCAUCCCCUUCCCUCUACACCCCAGGCUCUGUGAAGUGCAUUUUGUCUUCUCCACCCAGGACCGCCAGCAGAGCGGGGUCUCCCUGCCCCCAUUCCAGUCCCCCAACCCACUCACCCCCUUCCAACAACAACCAGCUCCAACUGACUCUGGUCUUGGGAGGCCAGUCUUCCCAGCCACCGAAGACUACUUUAAAUAGAAAAAGAGAUUGAAUAAUAAAAUCAGGAGUCAAAAUCCAUCGUCUUCAAGCCCCUCUUUCUAGCCUUUUUCUACUACUCUGCUUGGUCAAGGUUUGUGGCCCUACGACAGAACAGGGAGGAGGCUAAAUCAGCCACCGCCAUUAAAAACUCAGCUGAAAUUUUUAUACCACUCCAAUGUCAGCAUUUUCCCAUCUGUUGGGGCUUUUUCCUUUUUCCCCACUCCUUCAAGUAUUUUAUCUGGCCUCAAAAUAGAAGAGCUAUUCUUCAGAUUGUUUUUAUUCAAUGUGGCCAAUUCCUCUUCUGAUCCAGCCUGUCUAGUCAGGCCCCUCCCAUUUUUAGGAGCUGGAGCCUGCAUUUACCAAGGGAUUCUCAACUAUGAAAUGUAUCCUCAUUUGUAAAUCUUAGUCAUUUUUGUUCUGCAGGAUUUUUUCCUCCAUUUUCACAAAGCUAUAAGGAAUAAUCCAUCUGAACCUUGUCCUUUUCUGUGGAGUCAGUGGGUUCUUCCUUUGUUCCAUCUUACACAAACCUGAGCUGGAAGCUCAAGUCUUAUUUUGUCCUCUGUUUGAGAUAUUUUGACCUCUCCCCUUGAAAGAAAUACCAGGAACCAGAGGAGCAGACUGAAGAGACAACUGGCUUUCUGAAGCUGUGGACUUGGAUGAAUUGCUGGGGAGUUGGAAAGGAAGGUGAUGAAUUUCAGUACCUCUGGCAUGUUGUCCCAGGGAACGAGGGCUCCUACUAAUUUAUGAGGUUUUUAAACACAUCAUAAAUGAGAUGGUGUUAAAAUAAAUUUGGAUUUGCUCACAAUGA